UUGUACAGGUCUGUAAUCGAAGAUGUCAUCAAUGAUGUCAGAGAAGUUUUUCUGGAUGAAGGAGUGGAUGAACAAGUUCUUAUGGAACUCAAAACACUGUGGGAGAACAAGCUGAUGCAGUCCAAGGCUGUAGAUGGCUUCCAUUCAGAAGAGCAGCAGCUUUUGUUGCAGGUGCAACAGCAGCAACAGCAGCAGCAGCAACAGCAGCAUCAUCACCACCACCAUCACACACAACCUCAGCCGCAGCAGACUGUGCAGCAGCAGUCUCAACCACAACAGGUCCUUAUUCCAGCGUCUCAGCAAGCACCUCAGCAGCAGGUUAUUGUGCCAGAUUCCAAGCUGAUACCGCACAUGAAUGCAUCAGGCAUGAGCGCUGCAGCUACUGCAGCUACGUUGGCUCUCCCUGCUGGCGUUACUCCUGUGCAGCAGAUACUUACAAAUUCAGGCCAGAUCCUCCAAGUAGUUAGAACUGCAAAUGGAGCUCAGUAUAUCAUUCAACCACAGCAGCCAGUUGUUCUACAGCAGCAGGUCAUACCACAAAUGCAGCCUGGUGCAGUACAAGCACCUGUUAUACAGCAGGUUUUGGCUCCUAUCCCUGGAGGGAUCCCCCAGCAGACAGGAGUGAUCAUUCAGCCUCAGCAGAUCCUGUUUACCGGAAAUAAAACACAAGUCAUACCUACAACAGUGGCUGCCCCUACACCAGCUCAAGCACAGAUUCCUGCAGCUGGUCAGCAGCAACCACAACAGCAGCAGGCACAACCACAAGCACCACUCGUUCUCCAAGUUGAUGGAGCAGGGGACACAUCGUCUGAAGAAGAAGAAGAUGAGGAAGAGGACUAUGAUGACGAUGAAGAGGAAGACAAAGAGAAAGAUGGGGGUGAAGAUGGCCAAGUUGAAGAGGAGCCUCUUAACAGUGAGGAUGAUGUGAGUGAUGAAGAAGGACAAGAACUGUUUGAUACAGAAAAUGUUGUUGUGUGCCAAUAUGAUAAGAUCCAUAGAAGUAAAAACAAAUGGAAAUUUCAUCUCAAAGACGGCAUCAUGAAUCUUAAUGGAAGAGAUUAUGUAUUUUCCAAAGCCAUUGGGGACGCAGAAUGGUGAAGUUUUAAUUAAGAGACAAAACAAAACAAAAAAACUCCCUGUAAAAGGAAAAAAAAUCAAAAGCAGGAAAGGCUGAGACUUGGACGUAUACUCCAACCAAAAUGUGUAUCUGCACAUGAGAAAUAAGAAAUAAACAAAAGUAUUGGAACAAAGGUAAAAUAUGGCAACAAAGACACUACUUCAGAUGAGCAAGCCAUGGACUGUAGCAGCUAUAGCAUUGUCUGGGAGCUGGUUUUGUGUGUUAGGAAUACCUUAAUUAUGAAUUCUACAUACAGGUACCUACAGCUGGUAUUUAGCAUGUAAGGCUUCGUUUCCUGCCCCCUCCCCCCUCCUUCCCUUGAUUUAAGAUUUUAAAAUACUUCUUCCACUGAUUGAAGGAACUCUUCCCUUUGAUAGAUUAUUAAUCUGAAAAUGCUUAUUGUGUGUACAAAUCUUUGCUUUGAACACUUCCUUUUGGUAGUGAGGAUGGUCAGAAUGUUACUUAAACUGCGUGCAAGCUUUGUACAGAAGGGUA